CUUUGCCCUAAAACCCUAGCUAAUAAACCCUCUUGCCCUUCGUCAACUCUCUCAAUUUCCCAACGUAACGCAGCUCUCAUCUGGAAAAGACACAAGCAAAGCAAAGAAGCAAUCAUGUCUCUGAGUCAGUUCGCUUGCACUUACGCCACCCUCAUCCUCCACGAUGAAGACAUCUCCAUCACCUCGGAUAAGAUUGCUACACUUGUGAAAGCAGCCAAUGUGACUGUGGAAUCUUACUGGCCAAGUCUUUUUGCUAAGCUUGCUGAGAAGAGAAACGUUGGUGAUCUUAUCAUGAAUAUUGGUGCUGCUGGUGGUGCUGCUCCUGCUGCUGUUGCUGUUGCUUCUUCUGGUCCUGCAGCCGGUGGGGCCGCUGCUCCAGCUGUUGAGGAGAAGAAGGAGGAAGCCCCAGAGAGUGAUGAUGAUAUGGGAUUCAGCUUGUUUGAUUAGGCUAUUAUGAGAUCCAAGGUUUUUGGAUGCCAUCGUUUUCAAGUUGCCUCCAUAACUGUGGCAAUGCAGCAUAGCAGAAUCAUGUGCCCAAGUUUCCUUUUGGUUCAAACUUUAGUCACCCUCACACUUGCAACAGCUAUGAGAUGAUUGUUAUGUGGAGGAGGUAAUGAAUGUGGGUUGACUAAAGCCCUCCUAAAUUAGUAAAAGCUUGCAUUGUGCACCUGCUGGUUCCAUUCUCUUCUUUGCUGUGUUAUUUCCCCCAUAAAUUCAGGUACAGUUCCUCCUGUGUUUCUGUCUACCCUCUCUUUGCGCGGUGGCGAUUUCAGCUACUUGCAUCUGCUGGUCCCCUAUCCACCACUCUGUUUUUUGACAAACAAGUAGGGAUGAUGAGAAAACAUGACAUUUGGUAUAAUAUAUUUUCUUAAAAUGUUAUAUUUGGAUUUGGUAUAA